CAACUCCCGAACGCAUUGCCCAGCCUAUCCAAUGGUCAGCAGCCGCUCUCCAGUGCCCAGCAAAUGCGCCAGUUCCGAGAGCGGCGCGAGCUUCAGCCUCUUGACGCGAGCAUCGCGCGAGAGAUGCGACAAUACCGAGCCUCACCCGUGAAUGAGGGGCUCUCGCGGGAUGACGGAGCCAUCGGAGAUACCCCACAUCUUCAAAUAAAAGGUCGGGAGCCCUUCCAGAGCCUGGAGUAGCCUACCAGUCUUCCUCUCUUCUCCUCUUCGUUCCGUCUCUGCAAACUCGAGACUGUAUUCCUCACUUCUAGAUACCCAUUAACUCCAUCGCACCGUCACAAUGCCCGCCGAUACCGUUGGCAAGACCAUCACCUGCAAGGCCGCCGUUGCCUGGGAAGCCGGCAAGGACCUCUCCAUUGAGGAUGUCGAGGUCCUCCCACCCAGGGCCCACGAGGUCCGCAUCGAGAUCUACUACACCGGUGUCUGCCACACUGAUGCCUACACACUGUCCGGCAAGGACCCCGAGGGUGCUUUCCCCAUCGUCCUCGGGCAUGAGGGUGCUGGUAUCGUCGAGUCCGUUGGUGAGGGCGUCACAAACGUAAAGCCCGGUGACCAUGUUGUUGCCCUUUACACACCAGAGUGUAAGGAGUGCAAAUUCUGCAAGUCCGGCAAGACCAACCUGUGCGGUAAGAUCCGCGCAACACAGGGCAAGGGUGUAAUGCCUGACGGCACCUCGCGCUUCAAGUGCAAGGGCAAGGACCUCCUCCACUUCAUGGGAACCUCCACAUUCUCCCAGUACACCGUUGUCGCCGACAUCUCCGUCGUCGCCAUUACCGAGAAGGCUCCCAUGGACCGCACCUGCUUGCUCGGCUGCGGUAUCACAACCGGUUACGGUGCCGCCGUCAUCACCGCAGGCAAGGGCGGUGUCGAGGAGGGCUCCAAUGUCGCUGUCUUCGGUGCUGGCUGUGUCGGUCUGUCCGUCAUCCAGGGUGCCGUCAAGAACAAGGCUAGCAAGAUCAUCGUUGUCGACGUGAACGAUUCCAAGGAGGAGUGGUCGAAGAAGUUCGGCGCCACCGACUUCGUCAACCCUACCAAGCUUGGCUCCCAGAGCAUCCAGGAGAAGCUCAUCGAGAUGACCGAUGGCGGCUGCGACUACACAUUCGACUGCACAGGUAACGUCAAUGUCAUGCGCGCUGCGCUCGAGGCCUGCCACAAGGGCUGGGGAGAGUCCAUUAUCAUCGGUGUCGCUGCUGCUGGUCAAGAGAUCGCCACUCGCCCAUUCCAGCUCGUCACUGGCCGUGUCUGGAAGGGCUGCGCCUUCGGCGGCGUCAAGGGCCGCACCCAGCUCCCUGGCCUCGUCGCCGACUACAUGAACGGCGACCUCAAGGUCGACGAGUUCAUCACGCACCGCCAGCCGCUCGAUAAGAUCAACCAGGCCUUUGGCGACAUGAAGGCUGGUGACUGCAUCCGCUGCGUCGUCAACAUGCGCGAAUAACUACGCUCGGGCCCCCAAGACCAGUUUCUGAUGGCCAGGCUUUAGUUUGGAUUUAGUCUAAUGAUUUGUGAGUUGAUGUUUGAUGAUAUCACGAGUUGAAAGCGGGGUGUAUAGAGAGAGGGGUAGUGGCGAUGAUGAUGUUGGCGCUGAUGAGUCUAACUCGAGUCUGGAAAGUGGUGUAUAUUUCUGGUCUGAACGGGCUAGUAUGAAUUUAUAAAAGUCCUCCUUAUGUCCCGCAUGUCCUU